UCUAUCUUCAUUGAUGGCUGAUCCUAGUCAGGCAAGUUUUUGGAUGCAGGCAAAUGCGUUACUCAGGAAGAACUUAACCUACCAGAGGAAACAUAUAUGGACAAAUGUAAGGCUCAUCCUAGUUCCACUCUUCCUCUGCUUAAUUCUCCUAGCGAUUCAACAUGUUCUCGAUGCGCUGAUGAAGGGUGUCUCUGAUAUGACUGGUGAUUGUAAGAGUAACGCUGACUUAUCUGGUGGUAUGUGUCCCAUCCCAAACCCUCCCAUGUUGCCUCCCAUGUUGCAGAUUCCACAGCAUGAACUCCGUUCUGUUAAAACCGAUUUUCUUCCCUACAAAGACCUCCCUGACAAGUCCUGUAGAGGAACAAUGGGAGGAUCUUGUCCUGUAACUAUACUUAUGACUGGUGAAAAACAGCCCCUUGGUAAAGCUAUAUCCGCGAAUAUAUUUGCUACUUCUUUUGCGGUUAAUUCCUCCGACCUCUUGCCUACUUUAGCCAAUAAUAUCUUGGGUUCACCAAUAGCAGCAGCUAAAGACAAUUACGCAGAUCCAGGUCUUGCCCCAGGUCUCCCCAUCUACAAUAUCCAACCUCUGUGCACUGCAAACUCUACAUGGCCACUCUCUCUCGAAAAAAUUCAGACAGAGGUGAAGUGUGUUCAAGGGUUGUGUCUCUGGAGAAAUAACUCUGCAGAUGUCAAUAAUGAGCUUUUCAAGGGUAGUUAUAGGGGAAACCCUGCUGGGAUUACAAAUGAGAUCGCUGCAGCAUAUGAUCUCAUGAAUACGGAUAAGAAAAACUUCAAUGUGACCAUCUGGUAUAACUCAACCUACAAGGACGAGUUUUCAACUGGGCCUGUAAAGCUGGUCCGAGUUCCCCGAUCUAUCAAUCAGAUAUCAAAUGCUUAUCUGAAGUUUCUGAAAGGCCCCGGGCUUAGGAUAUUAUUUGAGUUUGUCAAAGAAGUUCCUAAACACGCAACUAGAUUUAAUACUGACAUUGCGUCUUUGCUUGGCCCACUUUUCUUCACUUGGGUUGUUCUUCUUUUGUUCCCCGUGAUCUUGACAUCAUUGGUGUAUGAGAAACAAGAACGUCUAAGGAUUAUAAUGAAAAUGCACGGCCUAGGCGAUGGUCCAUAUUGGUUGAUUUCAUAUGCCUAUUUUCUAACCAUAUCUGUGUUGUACGUUGCUUCUUUGGUGAUAUUUGGGUCAGUGAUAGGACUCAAGUACUUUCGGCUCAAUUCCUAUAGCAUCCAGUUCGUUUUCUAUUUUAUCUACUUAAAUCUUCAAAUAGCCAUUGGUUUUCUAGUUUCUUCAAUAUUCUCAAAGGUUAAGACUGUUACAGUCGUUGCUUACAUAUUGGUGUACGGUACUGGCCUCUUAGGCAGCUUUCUCUUCCAAACGAUGCUUGAAAAUCAGUCAUUCCCAGAGGAAUGGAUUGUUGCCUUGGAAUUGUAUCCUGGUUUUUCUUUGUACCGCGGGUUGUAUGAGUUUUCACAAUAUGCCUCCAGGGGAAAUGGGAUGAAGUGGCAAGAUCUCAGUGAUAGUGGAAUGGGUGAAGUUUUAUGCAUCAUGUCAAUAGAGUGGUUUCUGGCUCUCAUCAUAGCUUUCUAUAUUGAUCAAGUUUUCUCAUCUGGGAAGCACCCUUUCUUUUUCUUGAACCUUUUCAAGAAAUCUUCAUCUAUACCAAGUAAGCCUACCAUGCAGAGGGUGGAUUCUAAAAAAGUCUCCAUAGAUAUGGGAAAAAUAGAUGUCUCUCAGGAGAGGGAAAAGGUGCAACAAUUGAGAAAUGAAGGUAGCGCAGGGCACGCCAUCUUGUGUGACAACUUGAAAAAAGUGUAUCCAGGUAGAGAUGGAAACCCUCCAAAAAUGGCAGUAAGAGGGUUAUAUCUCGACGUGCCUUCUGGAGAAUGCUUCGGCAUGCUUGGACCUAAUGGCGCUGGAAAAACAUCCUUCAUUAGUAUGAUGACUGGGCUACUCAAACCUUCAUCUGGAACAGCAUUGGUUCAAGGUUUGGACAUAUGCAAGGAUAUGAACAAAGUAUACACUAGCAUGGGUGUAUGCCCACAGCACGACUUGCUUUGGGAAACAUUAACAGGAAGAGAACAUCUUCUCUUUUACGGGCGACUCAAGAACAUUAAGGGCUCUGCUCUAACGCAAGCCGUGGAAGAAUCUCUAAAGAGUGUCAGCCUUUUCGAUGGAGGAGUUGGCGACAAGCCUGCUGGAAAUUACAGUGGAGGUAUGAAAAGGCGGCUUAGUGUGGCUAUAUCACUUAUUGGGAACCCCAAGGUAGUUUAUUUGGAUGAGCCAAGCACAGGACUUGAUCCAGCCUCGAGGAAGAACUUAUGGGAUGUGAUUCAGCGUGCAAAACAAAACACAGCAAUUAUCCUCACAACUCACUCGAUGGAAGAAGCAGAGUUUCUAUGCGAUAGAUUGGGGAUAUUUGUAGACGGAGCCUUGCAAUGCAUAGGAAACUCCAAGGAACUAAAGAGCAGAUACGGUGGAUCAUAUGUGUUCACGAUGACAACAUCUUCAGAACAUGAGGAAGAUGUCGAGAGAUUGGUUUCAACUGUGUCUCCCAACGCCAAGAAAGUAUAUCAUCUCGCUGGUACACAGAAGUUCGAGCUCCCAAAGCAAGAAGUUAGGAUUGCUGAGGUGUUUAGGGCUGUAGAAAAGGCCAAAUCCAACUUCACAGUCUUUGCUUGGGGACUUGCCGACACAACUCUCGAAGAUGUCUUCAUCAAAGUCGCUAAAUCUGCUCAAGCCUUCAUUUCCUUGUCUUGAGGCCUGAUUUUUCAAGUUAGGGUUCUAUUUUUGAGUCAAAGAUGUGUCUUGAGGCACACGCAAACAACCUGUUAAUACUUCUCAUGCAAUCUGUAUAUACUAUUAGUCUAGUACACUUUUUUUUUACAUAGAAGGCUUCAGCCUAUGUUGAGAUGUCGCAUAAUUAUUCGUUGUUGCAUACUUUAUUUAUAUUUACAAAUUAAUAUGAACAGAAAAUACUUGCUUAUGCCAA